GACCAUGUUCAUGGUCAAGCUCAGCAUUCUUGCCACGUACAAUCUGAUCGUGUCGUCACGGAACUUUCGCCGGUGCUUUUACCUGCCGGGCUGUUCACCUUGCUGUGGUUCAUAGCCGUGCUCAUCGUCACGAAUAUCCAGUGCAAGCCGCUGUGCAAGCCGCUGUGCAAGCCGCUGUGCAAGCUCUGGGGCGAGGACCCGGAGGGCGGAUGGGUGUAUAGCCCAGAAAACCUUCCAUCUGGCGAUGACGGGUGCAAACAUUGUGGGAACCCUGGCAAUGCUGGGUCUGGCACUGCCCAUUGUGCUUCGGCAGAAUCUCUCCGAUCGGAAGAAUAGGCUAGUCAUGGUCGCCUUUGGCUUCGGAGGCAUCACCUGCGCCAUUGGCAUCAUCCGAUUCGAACACCAUGAGCCAACCGAUCCGGUCCACGGAUGGUGCCAUGCUGUUCAUCUUCAGCGUCCUCUCAACAGCCGAACUCGCACUUGGCCUCCUCUGCGCCUCGCUGCCGGCCUAUGUCUACUUCUUCCCCGGUUUCGACAGGCCGUCCACGCAUGGCGUCAAGCUGAAUAUCAGUACUGGCGCUGGCAUCCGGCAUCUACGCCCGCCACGACAUCACGCCGACAUUAGCGUCAAGAUCACGGGGGGCAGGACGCGCGGGCCACGCAGGAGCGGCAUCGUCGUGAUGGACGAGGUCGGUAUGACGAGGCAUGAGAACGUCAAUGGCGCGUGGAGGAGGAGGGUGCUGAACGAUGACGAGGACGACGAGAAGGCAUUGAUGCCAAGCAGGCACGGUGUAGGAGGUGUGAUGAAGGAGAGUGACGUCCCAGGGCGGGCGGGCGGCGGCAAAUAUUGCUGAUAUCAAUGUGAACUUGAUUCGGUAUUUGCUACUGAUCUGGUUCCAUCUGGCCAGGGGUACGCAGACGUGAGCCGCGAUGGACUGGCAGCAUGAUGCGAUUGGAGUGUCUUCAAGUCGGCCCUACGUCAACGAGCCAGCAGAUCUGUGUUGUCGUCCUCUGGAACUUGCAACACUGGAGCAUCGGCCGGACAUUUUCAUCUUACAGACUUUAGUGGCUUGUCCACCGGCAGGUUUCCCCCCUGGGCCGUGACGAUAUUGCCACGAGCUAAGCUCCACUGCUCCCAUCGAUCGACCACGUCCUCCAAAGGGACCCUGGCUUGACUUCAGCCAUGAGGUCAAUUGGCGACGUUG